AUGGUCCAACGAAGUAAUUUCGAAGUUCUCGUUCCUCGAUGCUGCGUGCUCGAAAAUUCUACUCAGCAGCAGCUGGGUCUGAUUAUCAUGGAAGAUUUGGGGGCGGAAGUGCAGCCGAUAGCUUCAGACAAAACUCUAACCGCCAGUGAACUAUACCAGAUAUUCGAUGCAAUCGCCCAACUGCAUGCCGUGUCUUUGAAAACAAAUCACUGGAAAACAUUAAAAUUUCCAAAAAUGGCGGACAUUUGCAAAAAAAGGAAUAUUUUAAAGGAAAUGUUGGCAUAUGUAAAAACACCGGAAGUGAUGAGAGACGAGAAGCUAGCAGAAUGCAUUCACGAAAUAGAUGAGUUAGCGGAUGAUAUAUUUGAUUAUACGAAAAGAGAUGAUAUAUGCGAAUUUUUUGGAAUUGUACCCGUUCUUGUUCAUGGUGAUCUAUGGACUGCGAACUUGUUAUGGAAAAGGAAGAAUAGCGUACAUGAACUGACAGCAAUCAUUGACUGGCAGGUAUGUCAUUCCGGAUGUGCAGCGGAAGAUUUGACGCGGAUAAUGUGUUGUUCUUUGGAUGCACAGGAGCGCCGUUUUUACUGGGAACGGCAUAUUGAUCACUAUUAUAGACUGCUCACUGACAAACUUGGUCAUAUACCGCCAUUUACUGCUUAUCAGGUUCAAAAUAUUCUCACAUUUAAACUUUUUAAAAAUAUUUAG